CUGUUUCCGUCCUAAAUCGUUAACGAAACCUUACGUUCUGGAAUGCACCCCAGAUUUAAGUUGUUGUAGCAACGAGCUAAGCCAUGCCUGCAGCUGAAGCGUCUGGUGUUUCUAGUCCUAGACACAGUUGUUUCAAUUAAUGGUAAAUGUAUCAUCAAAUGUGGCUAGUUUUUGGCUCCAAAUAUUGACUAACGAGUUGAACAACGUCGUAUGUCCUGUAUUGGGUACAUUAGCUAGCUAAGUUAGCACUAUCAAGGUACCAUAGUACCCAUACAGGCACAUCUUUGCUGGGGCAAUGUCUGCAGUCAGCAGCCUGGUCCCGGCUCGAUUCCUGACUCUCACUGCUCACCUCGUCAUCGUCAUCACCAUUUUCUGGUCACGGGAGAACAAUGUUGAAGCUUGCCUGCCUUUGGAUUUCACACAGGACCAAUACGACAAGGAGGACACCAAGUUGGUGGUAGCGUUGUCAGUCACCAUGGGUCUGUUUGCUAUAGAGUUGGCUGGCUUCUUCUCUGGUGUGUCUAUGUUCAACUGCACCCAGGGCCUCCUCUCGUUGGCUGUCCACUGCAGCGCGUCCGUCUCCCUGUCUUUCUUUGUCUUCCAGAGAUGGGAGUGUUGGACAUACUGGGUUAUUUUUGCCUUCUGCAGGUUUGUGUGUGUGACAGACAGACAGACUGACUAACAGACAGACAGACAUUGUGUGUGUGUGUCCUGGAGUUAUUUGAGUCAUUUUUGCCUCGUGCAGGUUGAUGCUUUGCUCAUAAUGCUGCCAUCCUCUCUAUCUCCCGUAGUGUUCUCCCUGCAUUUGUGGAGAUCCUACUCUUCAUCGCAGUGUUCGGACUGAAGAAGAAGCCACUAUAACCGAGAGCAGUGUUUCACAUCAAUGUUCGGUCUGGAAUGUAGUGUCCUUCCUUCCCAGCACUUGUACACAGCUGUCCAAGUGACACAUUGUGACUGUUCAAUAGUGUCAAGGAGACAUAGUUGAUGUUAGUGAUGCUGGAUGGUGAUCGUAGUGAUAAAGACAACAGAGCUGGUUAAGAUGUGGGUGCUCUAAGCUGCAGCAUCCGAUACAGUGACUGCAUAGGUUCGAAUCUGGCCUUCUGACUUUUGACACAGCCUUUAUCUAUCCAUCAAUAGUCAGAUUAGUAUAUUUAUUUAUUUUAAGCUGUGGUGUGUGUUUCAGGAUUGUGGGCGUUAUAGAUGGAAACUGUAUGUACCCAGGCAGAGAGGAAGAUUUCUAAAAAUUCCAGCGUAUUGAUCCUAAUUGCUAAGCUGAAUGUAUAGACACAAGUAACCAUCUUUUUCUUCACCAUGCUAAAUGGUCCUCUGUACCAUAGGAUUUGAGUACCACCUUUCUAAAACGUUUACCUAAAAAAUAUAUGUUUUAUCAAGCUGAAGCUAUCCCAGUUUGUUUUUCAUUUCAUUGUAGAGUCACUUGUAAACCAUUUCUUUCUUUUAAUAUGCUUUUUAAAUGAAUCUAAAAUGUGGUGAUAUAGGGGUGUAGCUACCAUCAGAUAUGUCAAAAAAAUUACGAUUAAAGUAUUUUACCUGUGUAAUCUAGUAUUUAUUUAAUAAACACCCCUUGAAAAAUGUGUUCAGUGGAUGUGUCAGUCUUGACGCACGUUUUGUGUUGCUAGAAUCUGAUUGGCACUUCACAUUCGACUCCUACGUGUGCCACCUCUCAUAGGUUCCGUGUAGCAGAAACGGAGUUUGUUCCUGGAGCUGCCUGUGUUUUGAAAGGAUAUCGAAAACGCAUGAUCUUCUGUGUCAAAAACGUAAUUAUUGAUUAAAUAUCAAAACAUGGGUAAGUUCUGCAAGGCUAACGUUACUGUUUAAUGUUGAUCUAUGUUUGUGCGUUGAAAAUAAGUAUUGAGGGAUAGAUACCUUUACGUUAUCUAGCUAACGAUAGCUAGUUGUGUAACGGUAGACUUGCCAUUCAUUGCUAACUUUGUUAGUUACGUAGCUAUUUUGUGCAGAAUACACUUGCCAACAAUGUAUAUUUCUUCAGUUUAACGGUAGGUAGGCUGUGUUGUCAAAAUGUAUGAUACAGUUUUCUUGUAGCUACCUAGUUAGGUAUUUUCAUUAUUCGAGAGAGGGUGUUUCCACACGGAAUCUUUCAAGAGUGUACACUGACGUGGCGUAAAGACUGCUGUUAGGAUACAGUGAAAUGUUUCGUAUAGCCUAGUUAUUUUAUGUUUCUGUCACUCAAAGAUGAAAUAUAAACCCAAUUGUUGAUAAUAUUAUUAUGUUAGAAUCUGGCCUCUUCAGUCCAGCUGCAGUCCCUUAGAUGAUUGUUCUACUACUGUCACAAACUGUGUAAUCUGCCUCUCCCCUCCCUCUAGCGGUGAACACAGGCACAUCCCUGGUUCUGUCCAGUCUGUUCUCUGUGUUGGUGUUUGCUGGGAUGCAGAUGUUCAGCAGACAGCUGGGCUCUACAGAGUUGCACACCAUCCUGGGAGGCUUCCUGGGCUCUGUCCUCUUCAUCUGCUCCCUCACAGCCUUCAGUAACCUGGAAAACCUCAUCUUCGGCAAGGGAUUCCAGGUCAAGAUCUUCCCAGAGAUCCUGGUGUGCCUGUGCCUCUCUCUGUUUGCCUCUGGGCUGGUGCACCGUGUGUGUGUCACCACAUGUCUGAUAUUCUCUCUGUUCGCCCUCUACUACAUCAACAAAGUGUCUGCUGCUCUGUACCAGGCAGCCGUUCCCACGGUAAUGCCAGCCAAGGCUGCCAGCAAGGCCAAGAAAAAGAACUAAGUCACUAAUUAGAUCAAACUUUCAUACCGUCAUCCAAUCAGCAUCCACUACAACGGCUAACCAGGCAAGGGAGAAAUGGUGUAGGUUAGCCAAUGACAGUGUACCCCAGUUUCCUUUUUGUAGGUCGUGCCAACCAGCAUUCUUAGAUAUUUUCCUUGACUUCUUAACUCUAUGAUCACUGAUCUCCAAGGACUGGACACCUCUCAGCCGUAUAGAUAAACUGAGACCUACCCAGCCCAUCCAUACACUGUUCUCAGCAGUAUAGAUAGCCUGAGACCUACCCAGCCCAUCCAUACACUGUUCUCAGCAGUAUAGAUAGCCUGAGAUGGAGGAAAGGAAGCAGUUUGGGAUCUAGCCAGAAUCAUGUCUCUACAUUCCCUACAUCAUCCCCAUGUACUCAGCACUUGUUUCAAAAUGCUUGUCUACAGAUCCAUAUUUUUGAUUGACGUCCUUUUUGUUUUGGUAUAAAAACGUUGUUGUUAAUGCAUUUGUAAUUAAAACCCAUUGAAAAUAG